UCGAUGGGAUAUUCUCGUUUCAUUCAAGUUGAAAUUGUUGAAUUGUUCAUUACACAUUUGUCAUGUCGAAAGUUAAAGCGUAGCACAUUUAAAGGAAAAUAAAAUGCCUUAUCUGAGUAAUAUAUAAGGCACUACUAUAUAUCUACCUACAAAUAAUACUACCUAAUUACAUAAUUAAAUGAAAACAACGUACUGGAAUAGCGUCAACUCUGAAAAAUUUAUUCAAAUAAGAUCUUCUAAAGUUAUAAAUUAAAUAAAGGAAACUAGCCAUAAAACCUUAGGUAUAUUGGUACACGUUUUAACGAAUUUCCACAAACAAGGCGAAAUUCCAUUGACAACAAAAUAUCAAAAUUUAUUGAAAAAAAACAAGUGUUUGUUGUAAAAAACACAUGUAACUCAUGCAACAAUGUCCGAGGAAAGUAAUACAGUGAAUUGUAAUGAUGUUACGUCCACAACCACUAUGGUUACCACUGCGACCGCGGAUGCGGCGCCCACUAAAAGCGCAAUGUGCGAUGAUGCCCCAAACAUAGAGACUGUCAAUGUUGAAGAUUUAGAAGACGGCGAGAUCGACGAUGAUGAUGAGGAUGAUGAUGUUGUUGUAACAAGUGCCACAACAGGCAGUGCAAAUAAGACGAGUGCCAAUGCAACGGCGGCAACAGCCGCUAAUGAUAGCAAUGCGACGCCUGCAUCUACACCACACAAAUCAUUAACGGCACAUCAUAGCGUCGACUUGACGACGACCAAAAUACCUAUAAUUGAUUUAUCGCAUGAUCACACACCAUCACCCACAAGUUUGACAGGCGGCGGCGGCGGCGGCAGCGGCAGCAAGGCGGACGCACCCGCCAAGUCACGCAGAUCCAAAAAGGGUCAACCACCACCAGACGAUUAUAUGGAGGAGGUUGAAAAAUUAUUAUCAAACGUCUUGAAAAAGUCUGGCGUCCAGCCACAAAUGCCCAAAUGUUUAGAAGCACGUCAACAGGAAUCUACAGAACCCGAACCGCCUGUCCCUGGUCAUGGACAGAGUCGUAGUAGUAGACGGCGUAAACGCAAAAAGCAACGUGACGAAAAGGAGAAAGAGAAAGAGAAGGAAAAAGAGCGCAAAGAGAAGGAAAAACCACGCUAUGCGUCACCCGAACCGUAUAAUACGCCCAUUACACUCGACGACGAUGAGGACGACUUUGAAAUGCUGAACGUAGUCGGCGGCAGUCCUUCCAGUACGCCCGUGCCCAAAUAUGUACCGCCACUAUACCCACCCUAUGGCUCUGCUGAAGACUCAUACACAUCAUACGAUAGUUGUGACUCGUUAGAUGGUGGUGGGGAAAGAGGUGGUGGUGGUGGUGGUGGUGCAGAAACAAAACGCCGUCGGAGACGUGGUAAAAAAGAUCGCAAACGGGGACGCGAUCGACGUGCGCGUAGUCGUGAUGACAGUGCACGAGGUGGGGCGGGACCAGAGAAGCGUUCGCGGCGUGAUUCCACGGAUGACAAACAUCGCCAGGAACCGCGCAAAUUGGAGCUGUGCAAAUUCUAUCUGAUGGAAUGUUGUGCAAAAAAAGAUAAAUGUUCCUAUAUGCAUUCAGAUUUUCCAUGCAAAUACUACUAUCUGGGCAUGGAGUGUCCCACUCGAGAGACAUGUAAAUUCAUGCACGAAGCACCAUUGUCUGAACAAUUGCGCAACAUACUCUUGAAGCAUUUGGAAACCGCACCAAAAGAGAUACUCGGCAAUUUUAAGCGGGUAACACGUGAAAACGCUAUAGUGAUGAUGACCAAACGCAACGAAGAGCUUUGUAAAGAAUAUAAGGUGGAGAAUACUUGGUCUGCGAUAGUCAAUUUACCAACGUCUAAUAAUCGUCGUGGUCAAGGUAAUAAUAUGCUAAAUGAUCAUCACCUGCAACAGCAACAACAACAAAUACUGCAGCAACAACAGCAGCAACAGCAGCAGCAACAACCGCAGCAACAGCCACACAAUAACAUACCCUCGCUAUUCGAUAUUGUUGUGAAGCCACCAGUCUCGCUACUUGGGUUCGAUAAACAUCGUAAAUCUCGAUGGACGGAUUCCCCAACACAUGAAGAUACAACAACUGAGGCGGCAGAUAAUAGUAUGCAAUUACCUAGCCAUUUGGAUUUGAAAAAUCUUGAGGGUAUUAUGAAAGUCGAGCACAUAGAGAAACUUACGCGUUUGGGUAUAACCAAUUUGCAAGAAGUCAAUCAGUUGACCAUUGGCCAGUUGCAGCAGGUUGGCAUCGACUUUGUGGAGAUAAGCGAAGUGCAAAAGAAAGUGCAAAGCAGAAUCGAAAGCAGCAGUGCUACGAAUAAUGAGGGCGAUAAUAUUCCUGUUGCAACACGCGAUGUUGAUAUGCGUUCUCUUCCUAGUUCUACAACAACGAUGGCGACAACGAAAGCCCCUACAUCUUCCGUUGCUGACUCUUCGACGCGGAAUAAUGUUAACGAACAUUUAGAAUUGGAUAAAGAUGGCUUCGCAGGCUCGAGCUCGAAUAGUAAUAGCAGUAGCGGCGUUGUGCGUGUCGAUUAUUCACAAUAUUUAAAGGACUCUAAUUUGGCAUUCGAUCGCAGUGAUGCAUUUGAUGAUGAACGUGAUGAAGAACAGCUAGUAAUAGAUGUUGGUCACUUGGAGCAUGAAGAGAAUCCGCGCCUGGCAAUCACGAGUACUGAAAGCGUGACCGUAAACGACGAGCCAACGCCGAAAACUAGUGAUUUGGCUUCCAGACUAGGGCUUCAUUUAAAUCCCUUCAAUCCCUUUAGAACAAAUGCAAGUGAUUUCAAAAAGACCGAAGAGAAGACAACUACCAACAGUAUCGAUAGUUAUCAACGCAAUGAUCGUUUAUAUGCGCCCCCAGCCCGACGACGAGGUCGUUCUCGUUCCCGUUCACGCUCUCGUUCGCGCUCCCGUUCACGUUCGCACACGCCAACCCACUCACAAUCCACCACACCAGAAGCUUCAGACUCUGCGGACAAUGAAGACGCGCCUGUUAUUAAAAAACAGCCUGUUUACGAGCGCAAAACGAUGUACGACUUAAAUGUUGCACAGGCGGAAGAGGAUGAACGCAAGCAAUCAGAGAGGAGUGCCAAAGCCGAUAAGGAUAUGCGUUGUCUGAGCGGUAGCGGCAGCAUAUUGCCCUUCGAGGCCGUGACAAAUUACACGCCCGCCACUGAAAUUGACGCUUCCUACACUUCUCAUCUGCCAAUGACAUAUAAGGUGCGCGAAUUCUCUCUGCCACCGGCGAACUAUGCAGACCUGCGUCGUAGCUUGCGUGCCACUACACAAACAGCAGAUCCGCGCGUACGACGCAUACUCGGAUUGCCGGAGACACGUGCCACUACGGUUGCUCUGAAGCGUUCGGGACGCAAGCUGAGCAGUACCAUCGCCUCGCCAGAGGCUGAAGAAUCACCAAAAUACUAUACACCACCCAGUAGCAGCACCAGCAGCAGCGGUGUAGCAGCCAAGGAGCGUCGUUCUAGUAUUACCAAGCCUACGACAUCACGUUCGGAUCCACGUUUAGAUCCGCGCUGCGCAGCAGCCUCAGCGGCAACGGCCGCCGCUGCAAAAGCGAACGAAGCAGAGAAAAGUGGUGCGGCUGCAGCGGCAAAUAGUGGCGGUAGCGCUGCUAAUGACAGCGUUGUUUCGAGGAUUGCAGGCUUAGGUAAGACAAUGCGAGAAAAAAUGCAGAAUUCCGCAUGGUAUCGCGAUCUAAAUUCCAAUAUGAAAAUCCAAUACAAUCAGGAACUGGCUCGGCUAAUCACCGAGCUGCGGCGUUUCCACCAAGACACCUCGCCAGAUAAGAAUUUCAAUUUCAUCAAUUGUAAUAAAAAAAUAAUCGAUGAUAUACUCAUUAAUCUUGGCAUUUUCAUUGAUGAAAAUGGCGAGGUGAAUAAAAUCGAUUCUGAUAAAGCGGAUGAUACCGAAAUGAAUGCGAAUGCCGAACGGCGUGGCGAUUUCAUGCAGCAACUGGAUUUCCCUAACCCAAAAUUCGAUCUACCCAAUUCGGGCUUCGGUUUCCCGAACCCGCCAUUCGAUUUCCGUUUUCCACCACCAUUAUUCGCCGGUGGUCUAGCAGGGAUCCGUACGCCAAUUCCCGCUGCCGCCACGAACUUGACACCGCGUUUAGAUGGACCCAGUUUGCUUGGCAUGCCACCGAUCGGUAACUUCAAUCCCUUCAAUGUCGGUGCGGGUGGUGCUAACUUUCAAGCCGGUGGGCGAGGGCUGCUUGAUGCCGGACCGCAGAUGGGCUUCAAUGGUUUCUUAAACUUCCCACAGCAGAACAUGGGUGGCGGUGGGGGCCCGCGAAAUUUCAAUAUGGAUGGCGGCGGGCAUAACAGACGUAAUCCAAAUAAUCGUAGACACUUUAUUUAACAGCUGAGCGUGAAGGCUUAAAGUGAAGCUACGGCAGAAAAAUCCCUACAAGAGGUUGAACAUACAGAAAUGAAGGAAGAUAUCAAAAGAAGACUUAACUUAUAAAUUUAAAAAAUUUAUUUCUAGUGUGAAUAUAUAGAUUUUAACGUUAAGUACGAAGGUAUCCAACAUUAAGUAGGUACAUAAGAGUCGUGAGUGGUGCAUGAGUGUUUAAUGGCACGUCGUACAGUGGGACUCAAUGUGCGCGAAUGUGUUGGCAAAAUGAUAUAUAAGCAUUUUUUAAAAAGCUUCAAAUUAUUUUUUAACUUAAACGGUAUGCAAAUGAAAUUGUAAAAAUCAGUGUUUAUAAAUAUGAACUAAAAACAUUGGUGUAUAAUUUUUCUUUCAAUUAUUCUUAAAACAAAAUAAACUCAAAUACGUGCACAAAUCUAUGUACAUAUGUAUAUAGAUGCGUAUGCAAAUAA